AACAGCAAAGGUAUCCUUCACACCUUCACAUCUCACUUUUCCAUCCCGUCAUACGGAUUCUUCACUCCACAGAUGGCGUUUGCUCUUCGCUUGGUGUUGCUCUUGUGUGGCAUCACUGGAAGUUGCUCCUUUGUGCUAUAUACAGAUCAAUGCUGUCCAAAAGGCUGGAUCCAGUUGAACGACCGCUGUUUGCAUUUCGUGGGAGCAGAAUUUAGUUUUGAGAUUGCUGAGACCUUCUGCAAUAUUCUUGGAGGAAAUCUGGUCUCCAUCCACAGUCGACUGGAGAAUGAAAUGGUGCGCCACCUGAUUAUGACAGAGACCGGCUCUUUCGAACCUUCAUGGAUCGGGUUCAACGACCUGGAUCUGGAAGGAGAGUUCGUAUGGACGGAUGGCUCAACCGUGGAUUUCACUGACUGGGCGAACAACCGACCAAGAACGAACGCUAAUCUAAACUGUGUAGAGAUUAAUUUCCGAGGUGAGACCUGGAAUGAUCGGGGCUGCCGUGCUGGAAGGCCUUCUGUUUGUGCCAGACCAGCCAAAUACUAGCAUAUGCAACCAUAACGAGUAUGUGUUUCCUGGUGUAUGUUUCCUGCGCCUGCUGGUUGAUACUGAACAUUUAAAGGAUGUCAUUAAUGAAGGCGUCUUCCUGGAAUUGUGUGCCGUGUUUGCUUUGCUAUUGUCAAACCUGAAAGGUGUGUUUCUACGUCGGUGGCCGCCAGUGCGGCUGUAAAGGACAUAAGGGUGUGACGGUGAUAGACUGGAUUCACCCUUCCUUUCCUGGGCCCACCAUGCUCAUUUGCUCCUUGUUUCUUCUUCACGCUUUUACGACAAAAACAUCAUCAUCAGUAUGUCAUCACUAAGAUUGUAAGUAGUUGGCUCCUGCUCCACACA